GCCACAGCAUCUAUAGACACGGACUUCUGUCUCCUUUGAAUCCAGCCAACCGACUCCUGCCAAGAUGUCCUGCCAGCAGAGCCAGAAGCAGUGCCAGCCUCCUCCCAAGUGCCCCUCCCCAAAGUGUUCUCCAAAGUGUCCCCCAAAGAGCACAGCACAGUGUCUGCCUGCAGCCUCUUCCUGCUGUGCUACAAGCUCUGGAGGCUGCAGUGUCCCCAGCUCUGAGGGAGGCUGCUGCCUGAGCCACCACAGGCGCAGGUCCCACAGAUGCAGGCGCAGGAGCUCCAGUUCCUGUGACCGUGGCAGUGGUCAGCAGUCUGGGGGCUCAGGCUGUGGCCACAGUUCUGGGGGAUGCUGCUAACCUGAAGCAUGAUCCUGAGACAAGAGUCUAGAAGAAACAAACAUCCUAGAGGUCGAGGAAAGCCCAGGCUGUCUUGUCAUGUCUGAUCCUGUACACCAUUCUCUGCUUGGCUGAUGGCUAGGGCCCUUGUUCCCAAGCUUCCUGUGAAAUGCAAGUGCCCAUCCUUGGUUCUGACCAAGAAUAAAACGUCUAGUCCCA